CAUCUACCCGCCUAAACAUGCAAAUACACCACAAACACCUCUACGGAAAUCAACACACCAGCAUACAUGCCCCAUAGUAGAUAUUAUCUUUAACAUAUCUCAGCUUACUACGACAUAACGAUAUGGAUAACUUUCAACCAUCUCAGGCUACUGAACAGGACCCUCCUCCAAGUCUGGUCAGUUGGUGGUACGGACAACCUGACAAUCAGGGUCAGUUACAAUGGAGCACAUCCACCAACGAUAAGGAGGAGUUUUCAGACUUGCUAGCCCGUACUUCUAGCAUUCCCAUUAUUCAUCGUUCUGUUUUAAAACAGGGUACUUGGGAAACCUAUUCCAUUACCAUCCAAGACCCAGUCAUGAGAAAGAUUCUUGGCGACGUCCUCCGAAAGUAUCAGGAUCUCGACUUAAAGAAAGAGAAAUGGACUUUCCGGCCUCCUUUCCAACCAUUACUUGAUCGUUGGAGAAAGAUAGAAAGAUAUGCUACUAAAGCUAAAGCUGACCUUGAGGUCGCGAAUGCAUUAGAGAGAUUGGUCUUCGUCCUGUCCCCAAUCAUCAAGCCCCUACUCCCCUCAUCCAAAAACAUUGACUUUGCGAACAUCCAACACAUAUUUACUCCUGGUACCCUAGUCUUCAGUAAGAAACAUCAUGCUGAAACCGUCUCUCGAGUACUCAAAUGCCAGCAAGCGAAACCCAGGAGGUGGGAGAUUGGCGUGGAGCAUGUGGAUUGGAACGGCAAGGAAUGUGGUUAUCGAGAAUAUUCGUUCACAAUUAAACAAUUCGAUGGCUACUGUGGAGUCACGGAGUUGGAUGUAUUUCCGAUUUCAUAUUUGGCAGAUGAAACUAAGUUUAGAGCAGCCUGCAUUGAGAGAGGCCGUAAAUUUGAGCAACUCGGAGGCUAUAAGCUCAUGAUUUGCUGCAAAAAAACUAAGAUAUGGGACAGCAGAGAUCGACGGUGGCAGAUAAAACUAGCUGGGUCGAAAUUUUGUGUUGACGCAUUUGCGUACUAUGAUAACCGAAAUAGUGGCAAGCCCAAGCUACGGCCACUUGACGGCAAUGGCAAGCAUCCAGUAAAGGACGGUAUCGAAGGAUCAAAAACUGCGUCUGAAUCCUUACCCGCUCCCUCGGUCAGAAGAAAGGAGCACCUACAACCCCUGACUGACGAACAACGACUCAUGAUACAUCCUUGGCUUAGGUGUUUUGACCUUCAAACAAAAAGAUGGUGUAAGGUCUUAAUUGACGACUUAGAGGAGGCGACUUCGAACGACCUAGCCUUUGAGAAGCUACUCCUACCAGAUAACGAGAAAGAGGCGUUAUUGAAUCUCGUCAAAGGAAAGCUCCUCGCUGGUGAUCUAGGGAACAACGACUCCAUCCAGAAUCAGGGCCGCGGUCUUACAUGCCUCAUGUUCGGGCCUUCAGGAGUCGGUAAAACCUUCACAGCCGAGGCAAUCGCUGAUAAAUUAAGCCUUCCUCUGUAUUCCAUGGUUGGGAAGAACCCCGGAGAAGCGUGUGAAGAUUUACAGACAUACCUGCAGCAGGGUCCGAAGCUCUGCCGCCUAUGGGAUGGCAUUCUCCUCAUAGAGGAGGCGGAUUCUCUCAUCGCUGCCCAGGAUGGUGAACCCGUAAUAGAUGAUGGUUAUGAAGAGUUCGAAAUAUAUGGUGAGUAUGAUUUUGUCCCGGUCUUCCUUUGGACACUUAAAAACUAUACGGGCAUAUUAUUCCUCACUGUCAACGAAGUUGGUGACAUUGGCUCGGCCUUACGGCCGCAUAUCAAUCAUUUCAUGCCCUAUAGCUCCCUCGGCAUACAGACACGCCGUCAAAUUUGGCGGAACUUAAUCGAGGACUCCGGGAAGGACAAUUUCAUACGCAGUUCCGAAGACAUGGAUGAUGUGCUCAGCGAGCUAUCGAAAUUCGAUCUUAACGGACACGAGAUCAAUAAUCUUGUCAAAAGUGUUCGGAUGAUCGCACUUGGAAGCGAAGACAGCGACAACAAGGUAUCUUUAGACACUCUAUGUCUUCUUGCACAUAAUUGGGUUCAAUCCCUAAGACCCUAAAUGGGACUCAUCACCUACAGAUGGGUAGCUUGUCCUGAAGGUCGAUCGACCAACCCCCUAAGUAAUGGGGAACACAGUGUAGGUUCUAGAAAUGCACCUAGAGCAGUAUGGGUUGACCAUAGCCGAUCAUUAUUAUUCAUCCCAGCCAUCCCAUACGCCAUUGCCGCGUUUCAGGUAAUUAAGUGUAAGCUAUUUAGAUAGAUCACACGCCUACUGGGUGUUAACGAACUCAUCAUCAUUACUAGAUAGCAUUAGUAUUAUCAAUUCUAUUCCACUCCCUACAAGAG